GAGGGUUGGGUGACGGCGCGACGCGCAUCGUUUGGGGGGAGGGAGAAGCCAAGGAGGAGGGAGGCGCUCAGCCUCCGGCGGUUCCUGGUCUCUCGUUGGCCGAGGCAGUUCGAGGCUCGCGAAGGCGGCGGCGGUGCUGCGCGGUGCCAUGUCGGAGUUACGAGCGGCGGGACCCGGCCCAGCGACGACGCCUGGCGGAGCGGGCGGCCCCAUCGCCUCCAUCCCAGGAGCGACCAGUGGGCCCGGCCCAGCGCCCCCGCUACCCUCUCCCGGGCCCGGUGGCGGGCCUGGCGGCGGAGGAGGCACCCUGGGCCCUGGGGGACCGGCCCCAGGGGGGGUGGCAGCCACUCCAGGGGGGAGCUCUACUUCCGCUUCCGGGUCCACCAGCUCCACUUCCGGGUCAGCCCGCGAGGGCUGGCUUUUCAAAUGGACCAAUUACAUCAAAGGGUAUCAGCGGCGCUGGUUCGUGCUGAGCAACGGGCUCCUGAGCUACUACAGAUCAAAGGCAGAGAUGCGACACACCUGCCGUGGAACCAUCAACCUGGCCACAGCUAACAUCACAGUAGAGGACUCCUGCAACUUCAUCAUUUCCAACGGAGGGGCACAGACCUACCACCUGAAGGCCAACUCAGAGGUUGAGAGGCAGCGCUGGGUCACAGCUCUAGAGCUGGCCAAGGCCAAAGCUGUCAAGAUGCUGGCAGAAUCAGACGAGUCGGGUGAUGAAGAAUCAGUGUCUCAGACUGACAAGACGGAACUGCAGAACACUUUACGCACCCUCUCUAGCAAGGUGGAGGAUCUCAGCACCUGCAACGACCUGAUUGCCAAGCACGGGACAGCCUUGCAGCGCUCGCUCAGCGAACUGGAGACCCUCAAGCUGCCUGCCGAGAGCAAUGAGAAGAUCAAGCAGGUCAACGAGCGCGCCACCCUCUUCCGCAUCACGUCCAAUGCCAUGAUCAAUGCUUGCCGAGACUUCCUGAUGUUGGCCCAGACGCACAGCAAGAAGUGGCAGAAGUCCCUUCAAUAUGAGCGAGACCAGCGCAUCCGUUUAGAGGAGACCCUGGAGCAGCUGGCGAAGCAGCACAACCACCUAGAAAGGGCCUUCCGUGGAGCGACAGUUCUACCAGCCAAUGCCCCCGGCAGCAUGGAUUCUUCUAAAGAUCGAUGUUGCCCAUCAAAAGGAGAUAUGAGUGAUGAAGACGACGAUAAUGAGUUCUUUGAUGCUCCUGAGAUCAUCACCAUGCCUGAAAGCAUGGGCCAUAAACGAACAGGAAGCAACAUCAGUGGUGCUAGCAGUGAAAUCAGCCUCGAUGAGCAGUAUAAACACCAGUUUAUGGAAGACACCAAGAAGGAGAAGAGAACCCGAAUUCCUCACAAACCAAAUUACAGCCUGAACUUGUGGAGCAUCAUGAAGAACUGUAUUGGCAAGGAACUCUCCAAGAUUCCCAUGCCAGUGAACUUCAAUGAGCCCUUAUCUAUGCUGCAGCGCCUCACAGAGGACCUGGAAUAUCACGAGCUGUUGGACCGGGCAGCCAAGUGUGAAAGCUCUCUGGAGCAGCUCUGCUAUGUGGCUGCAUUUACCGUAUCGUCUUACUCCACCACAGUCUUCCGCACUAGCAAGCCAUUCAACCCUCUCUUAGGGGAAACCUUUGAGCUAGACCGGCUGGAGGAGAACGGCUACCGUUCCAUCUGUGAGCAGGUGAGCCACCAUCCUCCAGCUGCUGCCCAUCAUGCUGAUUCCAAGCACGGCUGGACCCUUCGUCAGGAGAUUAAAAUCACCAGCAAGUUCCGUGGCAAAUACCUCUCAAUUAUGCCCCUUGGUACCAUCCACUGUAUCUUCCAUGCAUCUGGCAAUCACUACACAUGGAAAAAGGUCACCACCACAGUGCACAACAUCAUAGUCGGCAAAUUAUGGAUAGACCAGUCUGGUGAGAUUGAAAUUCUGAACCAUAAGACUAGUGAGAAGUGUAUUCUCAAGUUUGUUCCGUAUAGCUACUUUUCAAGAGAUGUGGCCAGAAAGGUUACUGGAGAGGUGUUAGAUCCCUCAGGAAAAGUGCACUUCGUGUUGCUGGGCACCUGGGACGAGAAGAUGGACUGUUUCAGGGUGACAACCAGUUUGGAGAACGGUGGCGACAGCCGGCAGAGACCACACGAAGCAGAGGACAGCAGGGUCAUGCUGUGGAAGAGGAACCCACUCCCGAAGAACGCUGAGAACAUGUACUAUUUCUCCGAGCUGGCUUUGACGCUCAAUGCCCCAGAAAGUGGCACUGCUCCCACGGACAGCAGGCUUCGGCCUGACCAGCGACUCAUGGAGAACGGGCGCUGGGACGAAGCCAACGCAGAGAAGCAGCGCCUGGAGGAGAAGCAGCGCAUCUCCCGCAAAAAACGUGAAGCUGAGGCCGUGAAGGCGACAGAGGACGGAACUCCUUAUGAUCCCUACAAAGCAUUGUGGUUUGAGCGGAAGAAGGAUCCUGACACCAAGGAGGUGUCCCAUGUGUACAGGGGAGGCUACUGGGAGAGCAAAGACAAACAGGACUGGAGCAUGUGCCCUGACAUCUUCUGAGCUGGAAGCAGCAGGACUAUUAACAAGGAUGGAGGGGAAAGAAGAGGGUAGUGGAAGAAGGAUGGAGGGGGAGCGGCUGAUCAUGUGACUUCCUGCCUAGUGCUUUCCUCACCGAAUCUGUCUGUCUUAACCAAUCACUUGUUUUGAAUCAAUCACCCAAAGCAGAAUCCAGCAGUGGUGAUUGGCUGGGUUGCCUUAGCUGAUUGAAGCCGAAGUUGGUGUCUGGAUUCCUGGAUGGCUGGGGACAAGUAGGAAUAGAGGACUGUGCCCUCCGUUUCCCCACCAAAAAGAGAGUAUUGCUCUGCUCGCAGCCCCACACGUUUGGGGAGGAAGAGGGGGAGCAACACUGUGCUUACAUGGAUUGCCCUCCCUUUCUACUUCCAGAUAGGGGCCCGUGGUCAAGACCUUGAAUGUAUGCACCAAGAGAAUAGCUGGGGAAGAUACAGGGACCUUUUGACCAUAAGGGUUGCUCUCUUUUUCCUCCUUCCCAAGCCCUGUGUGGCACUCGUACCUACAGGAGAAGUUUCUGAAACAUCGGGUGGGCAGGAGGAUGAUAGGUGGAUGCCAGUUCUCUCCAGGAGCCACUGUUCACACAGGUAGCAAAGCAACUAAUUGUGCCCUAGGGAAGCGGGCGCAGGGUGGUGGCAGUGGGUGGGUGAAGGUAGCUCUGGUUUCAGCGGAACCCGCCUUUGUGACAUCACCAGCUGUUCAUACGAUGGUAGGAAAUAAAACUUACUUGUUCUCCCUUCCCCAUAGCAGGCUUCAGAUUUUCCCCACAUACACUUGGGUGGAAAGCGGUGAUGUAGGACACAGCCUCCCCUCUGCCUAAAGCAACCUCUGGCUUAAUGCGCACCUGUUUAUAUGUAUAUUAUAUAUAUGGAGAGAGAAAGAGAGAGAGAAAGAGAUAUAAUUUUUGUUCUGGUUUUUCCCUUCCUGUACCUCCUAUCCUACAAACCCCAUUUUGUAACACUUGCCCCCAGCUGUCCCCCUCCACUGCCACUGGAUCCAGGGAGAUGCUCUGCAGAAAGUGUGACAGUCAACAAUGGCUUGCUUGCCUUGCCUUCUUUAAAAUAAAAUUAAA